GUAUAAAAUGAACUGGAGAAGGAAAUAGCAGAUCACUCCAAUGUCUUUGCCAAGAAAACUCCAAUCUUCUGGAAGACUUGGACAUGGACUGAACAACCACUAUUGAGAUUCUUGUCUGCAUCCCUCCUUAAUUUCCUUUCAUGUAUUUUACCUAUGUACCUUAAAGACUAGAUGAAAAUAUUUAAGACUUUUGUGAAAAUAUCUUCCUUUUUGGUGUAAAAUAGGUAUUAAAAUUCAAAGCAUUGCCUUUAUUAAUGUCUCUUUGAGGCUAAAAAUUAAAGAACAAUUUGUUAGAUAAUUAGUCUCAUGAUAACUUCAAUUCAUGAAUUUACUCAGUGUUUUUGCCUGUACCUUUGCAUUCUUACAAACCUUUCCCAUUCAGUCCAUCUUGAAUGCUCACAAGCCUUCCAAAUGAAAAUGACAGCUUGCUUGGUUUUAUGUAGCCUGAGAGAAGGAGAUUAAUGAUGUAAGCAAAAAGCUGUCAUGGAGAAGGGAUUUAUAAAAAUAUAUAUAUAACAGUUUCAAUCAAAAGACUGAAUUUCAGAAUCAAAUGGAAACGGAAUCUGACUAAACAGGAGAAACUUCUUAAUGGCCAAUCACCAAGCAGAAGUGAGGGAGAGAGAAGAGAGAGAGAAAAAAGCCCUGAUCACCAAACGAAACUACUGCUUCAGAAAACAGCCUUCCCUAAUAAUGAUCUUCCAGGUUCAGCAAAAACCUGGGAUUUUCAGCUGAGUCAGUCCGGAAACCAGGAAAGACUUGUCCUGUAAGAAGUAACUGGACAGUAGCCUAGUUCCUCACUGCCUUUCCCAAAAUGCCUUAUUUUCUCAGACUCCUUUUACUCCUUUUUUACCUCAUCCUUCUUGUGGAAAGCAGGAAUCCCAGGAGGAGAAGCUGGUCUGGACAGCUGGAAAUGCCCAGGCUAAGUCACUUAUAUAAGAAGACUCAUGACAUAACUAAAUUACAAAAAGGAAAAACCGAACAACUUCUGAGAGUAGAUGAGCAUGAUUUCACCAUGAGGCCAGCCUUUGGAGGCCCCGCAAUUCCUGUUGGUGUGGAUGUGCAGGUGGAAAGCUUGGACAGUAUCUCGGAGGUGGAUAUGGAUUUUACAAUGACUCUCUACCUGAGGCAUUAUUGGAAGGAUGAACGACUCUCAUUUCCCAGUACCACUAAUAAGAGCAUGACAUUUGAUGGGAGGCUCGUGAAGAAAAUUUGGGUCCCUGAUGUCUUCUUUGUCCAUUCCAAAAGGUCAUUCACUCAUGACACUACAACUGAUAACAUCAUGCUCAGGGUAUUCCCAGAUGGUCAUGUUCUUUACAGCAUGAGGAUUACAGUCACUGCAAUGUGCAACAUGGACUUCAGUCACUUUCCUUUGGACUCACAGACAUGCUCUUUGGAGUUAGAAAGCUAUGCAUACACAGAUGAAGAUCUGAUGUUGUACUGGAAAAAUGGGGACGAAUCCCUGAAAACAGAUGAGAAGAUUUCUCUGUCACAGUUUCUGAUUCACAAGUUUCACACGACAUCCAGACUGGCUUUCUACAGCAGUACAGGGUGGUACAAUCGACUGUACAUUAACUUCACCUUGCGUCGCCACAUCUUCUUCUUCUUGCUUCAAACCUAUUUUCCUGCUACUCUGAUGGUCAUGCUGUCUUGGGUAUCCUUCUGGAUUGAUCAUAGAGCUGUGCCUGCCAGAGUUUCACUGGGUAGUACAACUGUCCUCACCAUGUCUACAAUCAUCACUGGUGUUAACGCCUCCAUGCCUCGAGUCUCCUACAUCAAGGCCGUGGACAUCUACCUGUGGGUCAGCUUUGUAUUCGUGUUCCUCUCCGUGUUGGAGUAUGCAGCAGUGAACUACCUGACUACCGUGCAGGAGCGCAAGGAGAGGAAGCUUCGAGACAAGAUGAAUAUCGGGGGAAAGGUCCUGGAACAAAGCAAAGUCCAGGGAGCAAGGUCAUUGUCUCUCUCAAGUCCAUGUGUCCCAUGCACGUGUGGGAUGCUUCAUUCAAGAACCAUUAUGUUGGAUGGCAAUUAUAGUGAAUCAGAAGCCAAUAGUCUAGCAGGCUACACAAGAAGCCACAUAGUGACUGAUGAAGAAAAACAGGAGAAAAUUGUGGUCCAUUUGGCCCUGAGUGAUGAAUCUAACACAUCCAGAAAGAAGGGACUGAAGGGCCAUAUGGGGCUACGGAUCAUUCAGAACACUCAUGUCAUUGACAAAUACUCCAGAUUGAUAUUUCCUAUCUUCUACAUAUUUUUUAAUUUAAUAUAUUGGUCUGUUUUUUGCUAGAUAUGAUAUGACAAAACACCUAUGUUAAAGAUUAGGUGUGUUUACACAACUGGUACAUUCACUUCAGGGUGAGAAGAACACUCAAUUUGGAGUUGGAGAUCAUCUCUUCCAUUUGCUGGUGUGAUUGUGGAUCAUGUCAGAUUCCUUCUUGGUCAUAUGAGGAAAUUGGAUUAGAUUAACUAUAAGGGUCCUAACAGUUCUAGUUCUAUAUCCAUAAUCCUGCUAUGUGACGAAAUUCUCCCUCCCUUGCUAGAUGGCAUAGGAUCAAGAAAAAUAGAGUUCAAAUCCUUCCUCAGACUUCAGAGAAUUUCUCUUUGGAUGAAAUUGGAACCUCUUUUUUUUGUCUGAGAGCAAAAUAUCUCAGCUCAAAUUAAAAGAGAGCAAUGAAUUCACCCAAAGGAAAACUCAUCAAUAUCUCAAGGGAAGCAAACAGGAAAUCGAGGACUCAUUGAGGAGCCAGCUUAGCCUACAUAUCUGUUGCUUCCUAAAUCUGUCUGUCUCCAUGUGUCUGGAAUUACUCCAGGAGAAGGCCUGGAACCACACAUAAUCUUUCUUGAAGGGAAUUUUUUAAAAAAAUCUUUCUUCUUCAUAACUCUCAUACCAAUUCUUCCUUCACAUGGACAUACAGUAUUGUGUUAGCAUUCUCUCUACUGAUUAUAUGUGUCUCAUGCAAAAUGCCUAAGACUUGGUUCUAGCUAAGCAUAGAUAUCUAUGUGUUCCACUUGUUUUCUUUCCCUGGUGUUUUCUGUGUCAUAUCUUUCUUUCUGGCCAAGUCCAACUCUCUCUGGAUCUGUCUUCCAUACCUGUCCUGGGAGCUAACUAAAGAAGCUCUCAUUGAUAGUUUAUGUCUAAUAGUGUUGUUGUUAACCCUUUGUUUUCCAAAAGGACCAGUCACAUCCUGGGUGAUGACUUUUGUGUGAAUUUGAAUUUAAGUGGGAAACCAGCAAAUAUCCCAAAAGACCUUUAACAAGCUGUUGAAUCAAAAAUUUAUUUAUGUAGGGAGAUAAGGAGAAAAAAAGUGAAAUGGAGGACAACUUCAUGGGGAUUGGAAUAUUGGUGAUUGGACACUGGAAUUCAAAGUAACCAAAAUAGCAAAAGGGAAAGACCCCAAGCCAAAAGUGACUCAUUCUGUAAGGAUCUUAUGGAAAAGUGUUAGAUUGUCUUAGAUAGUUAAGUAAUAUUGUUUGCUCUUAAGAACACCUAGAACAGACUAGAGGAGGCUCACUUGUCCCUUUGAAGCCAUGCUCAAGUUUUUCUAAGAAUUAUCAGGAAUUAUAGAGUAAGUAAUUCAUGCCUUUGCCUCAUGGCCUUACCUCCUCAAGCAAGCCAGGACAAUGUACAAAUUUAGAGAAGGAAUAGAGACUUGAUUAUAAUUAGGUGAUAAAUGUUUGGUUUUUUGGGAAGAAGACAGAAUUAGCUUCUUUUUGCUUCCUUUUCACAUCUAUGCUCCUUUUUUUACCCAUGCCUGGUGCUAUAUGGUUAUGACAAACAAACAGUUCCCCAUCCUGCCUCUCAGGCAUGUUGGUUCUUCCAAAUGAAUAUCUGGUAAAAUUUCAAGGAGUUCUGGGGAGUUGUCUGAAGGGAGAAGGGCCUCUCUUACAUCACAUCAUUCAAGCAACUGUUCGUAGGUAAGGCAGCUCUGUAAAAGACAAUAAGACUGGGGGUUACAAACAACCUCUUCCAUCUCCUUUUCCAGUUCCACGAUUCACCGCCCCCCCCCCUUCCUUUGCUAUGAGUUGGAAGAAGUCACCUGCUGCCCCACUCUCUGUCUUCCAAUAUUUUAGUAGCUUGUGGAGAAUCUGGGACCCAGGGUGCUUCAUUAUAAUCUACAGUAGUUUAUGAAGUCACACAAGACAUGCGAGAGUGCUAUCAUUAUCCAAUACGUUCACUGGGCACUUGCCUAAGGACCUUUAAACCCUAAGAAUCAACAAGAUUAUUAGGAGAAAUAUUUCUAUUUCAUCACAAAUUAUUUCCUUUUUUUGGUUUGAGGGAACAGGAAAAACAGACAGGCCACUUGAGAAUUCUUCGGUCAUGGCAAUCCAUGAAACACACAAACAAAACAUAAAAUGAUACUGAAUCGUGUGCCUACCUUCUACUUCUGUAGAGUGAUAGAAAAGCAAUGCAGAAGGGAUUAUUUAUACAGUUUAACUUAACUGUUUGUAUUCUUAAUGUGAAACUUUGUAAGUGACCAACCAACAGACUUACUACUAGAGGAAUUGGAUGAAAUCAGUGUUUACCUUCUUACUAUAAAUAAUCAUGAGACAAGAAAUAACUGACUAUUGAUGUAUGAUUUAUUACCAAAUCAGUUGUUCAUGUACACAGGAUGUUAACUUUCAGAAAAAAUAAAA